AUGUCUCUCCGAUCCGCCCUCCUUCUCGCCACGGGCCUGUCCAUGGUCCAGGCCCGCCCUGCCACCUCCAAGCUCAGUGCACGCGGCACCAUCGCCAGCGACGAGAUCGUAGGCUUUGACCAGACGGUCCCUGAUGAUGCUACAGGCACAUUGUACCUGAACUACCAGCCAUACCUUUACGUGGUCAACGGAUGUGUGCCGUUCCCUGCCGUUGAUGCGGAGGGUGAUACCAAUGCAGGGCUAGCCCCCACCGGCGCCUCCGACGGCGACUGCAGCUCCUCAACGGGCCAGAUCUACGUCCGCAGCAACGUCUCCUCGACCGGCGACUACACCUACCCGACCGCCCUGCUGUACAGCUGGUACAUGCCCAAGGACGAGCCCUCCACCGGCCUCGGCCACCGCCACGACUGGGAGGGCGUGAUCGUCUGGAUCUCCGACCCCACCGUCUACACCGCCGACAACAUCCUGGCCGUGUGCCCUUCUGCUCAUGGUGACUGGGACUGCUCCACCGACGGGUACACGCUCGACGGCGUCAAGCCGCUGAUCAAGUACGAAAGCAUCUGGCCCAUCGACCACUCGUGCGGGCUCACCACCACCGUCGGCGGGACCCAGCCGCUGGUCGCCUGGGAGAGUCUGCCCUCGGCUGCGAGCACGGCGCUGUCGGAUACCGACUUCGGGAGCGCGAUCGUGCCGUUCAAGGAUGCGACUUUUGAUGAUAAUCUGGCGAAGGCUACUUACUGAUGGACCCUAUUUGUAUGGCGAUGGUUGGGGUGAGUAAAUGUGGGGUUUGCCGGUGGACAUAGCUGUAAUUCUUCCGGCACUGGAGCAUCUUGGUGAAUGACUUGCGCUG